AGAACCUACACAAAUUAGCCUUACAAACAAUUCAAGAACCUUACAAGUUUUCACUUUUCAUGGCAUCAGAAACAGAACAAGUGUGUGAUGAUGGUGGUAGUACACCAAGCAAGGUGGUUGAUGGGCAGCAACCACUGCCAUUGGCGGUGGUCGAAGUGGCGGAUGACAAGAACAAAUCACCAAGACACCCGCGUUGGACAAGACAAGAAACACUUACACUAAUAGAAGGCAAGAAAGUGGCAGAGAAUAGGGGUCGCAGGGGACGAAGGUCAAGUUCGGUUUUUGGGUCGGACCAGGUUGAACCGAAGUGGGACUCGGUUUCAUCGUAUUGUAAACAACGAGCCGUGAACCGAGGCCCGGUUCAGUGCAGGAAAAGAUGGAGUAAUAUGGUUGGUGAUUUCAAGAAAAUAAAAGCAUGGGAAUCGCAAGUGAAACAAGAGUCUGAUUCUUAUUGGGUAAUGAGAAAUAAUUUAAGAAAAGAGAAUAAAAUGCCCGGAUUUUUCGACAGGGAAGUGUUUGAUGUGUUGGAUGGGAAAGCGGUUACUAAGGAAGCUUACAAACGGGCUUUGGUGACCGUUAGUGCGGAUGCAAAAGAUGAUAAUGACGUGGUAGUGAUGGUGGGAGAGGCGGAGGAGGAGGAUGGUGGUUAUGCUGAGGUGGACGCUGAUGUCACUUUUGAUAGUGGUCGUCGUGCCAACUCAGAUGAUGGCCUUUUUCCCGAUUAUGACAGAAUGGAGGAGGUGGAGGUCGGAAAUGGGAAAGGUCAUGAUAAUCCAAUCCCUGAUCCGAUGCCUAUUUCAGGUAACAUGAAAGAAAGCAUGCCUCAAGAAGGAUGCAAGAGGAGAAGAGUAUCAAUAGAAGAAUGCCGAGACAACAACUUUAAUGAUCGAUUAAUCGACGUUCUUGAGAAGAAUGCCAACAUGUUAAACGCACGAAUGGAAGCGCAAAACACAAACUGUCAGUUGGAGAGAGACCAGAGAAAAGACUACAAUGACAGCUUGCUGUCAGCUCUUAACAAGAUUUCAGAUGCCUUAACAAAAAUUGCUGAUAAAUUAUGA